GACAUCAUCGAACGAGAUGUGGCCAUAGUUGGCGGAGGCUCCGCAGGCACAUACUGCGCCAUCAGCCUCCAAGACCAAGACAGGUCCGUCAUCGUGAUCGAGAAGGAACCCCGACUCGGGGGCCACGUCGAGACGUACGUGGAUCCUGCGACAGGCAUCGCAAUGGACUAUGGAGUUGCACUGUUCGACAACACCCCCGCGGUCAAUGACUACUUCGCACGCUUUGACAUUCCCUUAGUCAAGAUCAGCGCGUUCAACAUCUCCUGGUUCAGCUACGACUUCCGUACCGGCAAGGCAGUGGCCCCCAGCUACAACCCAUCGCGCGAGGAGGUGUUGGCCGCGUUCGUAACCUACUUUGCCCAGCACGCGCGAUACCCUGGGCUGGAGAGGGGAAUCUUCCUUCCGAGUCCCGUUUCCGAGGAUCUGUACAUGCCGUUCUGGCGGUUCGUGGAGAAGUACGAGAUCCAGGCUGCGGUGCUCACGAUGUUCCUGCUCGACGCGGGGGUAGGGGAUCUCCUAUCCAACCCGGUGGUGGAGGUCUUUCGCGCGCUACCGCGCCAUAUGGUCGAGGGGGUUCUGACAUCCAACGUCCUGACCCCCGCCAACCACACCGUCAUCGAGCUGUACAGACGGGCUGAAGCCGAGCUGUCGUUGACCUCCAGCCUCUUCCUUUCCUCCGAGGUGCUGUACGCCUACCGCGAGCCCACCAAUACCACCGAAAAGAACAAAAUCACCCUCCUCGUGCGAACGCACACCCCCACAGAGACACAACUCACCCUCAUCCACGCCAAGAAGCUCCUCAUCGCCAUCCCCCCCAAACACUCCCUCCUCGACCCCUGGCUCCGCCUCACGGCGGACGAACUCUCCGUGCUCAUCCGCUACAUCAACACAGGCAUGUACGUCGGCAUCGUCAACGGCACGCGCUUCCCGCCCACCGCAGGUAUCCUGAACCUCGCCUCCAACCACACGAUGUACUCCUUCCCCUAUCUGCCAGACAUGUACAACCUCAUCCCCGCCCGCGUGCCCGGGCUGAUGCUCGCCAUCUACGGCACCAUGCAGACCCCCGACCCGUAUCCUAUGUUCGAGGUAGCCGUUCGCCAGCACAUGCUGGAGGAUAUCCGGCGGAUCCAGCGGGGUAAUCCGGACCGGUACCCGGGGACGGAGGAGCCCGCGCUCGUGGCGUUCGCGGGCCAGGCGCCGUAUAUCCUGCAGGUGUCGGGGGAGGACAUCAAGGAUGGGUUCUAUGAGAGGCUGUAUGCGUUGCAGGGGCAGAUGAAUACGUUUUGGAUUGGGGCGGCGUGGGCGGCGGAUAUUAGUGGGGAGAUUUGGAAGGUGGCGAGGGGGGUGGUGCUGCCUAAGCUGGUGGGGGAGUUGUGA